GCCGCCGCCGUGACCUCAUCUCUCGGCUUCCACCAGCGCCAUGGAGCCGCCGCGGGACGAGCGGCCGGGGAGUGGUGCCAGCGAAGAGCCGGCGCCGCCGGAGAGUUUUCAGAAGAAAACAGGUGACUUCACUGAUACAAUGCUUGUUAAAGGUUUGAACAACAGAUACCGUGUGUUAAGAGUGAAUGUAGUACAGAAAAAGGGAGAAGAUCCAGAAAUGCAUUUGACAAUUGUGGCAUCUCAAUCACCUGAGGAUACAGAACUAUGCAUUCUGAGGAAUGACUGGAAUUCUGUUCCAGUAGUUCCAGGAGACAUCAUUCAUUUAGAAGGAGAGUGCAACUCUGGUACUUGGAUAAUAAAUGGAGAGUCUGGAUACUUAAUUCUGUUCCCAGACUUGCUGCUUUCUGGCACCACAGUAUCAAAUAGUAUUCGAUGUAUGAGAAAAGCAGUGCUGAGCGAGAAGUUUAGGAGUUGUGAGUCUGGUUCACGUCAAAUGCUGGUUGGCACAAUCCUUCACGAGAUUUUCCAACAAGCAAUAACUAAUAAUUUGGCAGCAGAAAAAGUACAAGAACUGGCCUUCAAAAUUGUCUAUGGACCAAAAUAUCUAAAAGAAUUGUACCACUUAAAUCUGAAACAAGAGGAAAUAAUGCAAGAGAUAGAGGGCUAUUUUUCAUCAUUUUCUAAGUGGGCAGAAGAUUACAUGUGCAAGCCUAGUCAAGAUAACCAAAGUAAAAUGCAGCUGAAACUAUCAAGUGAUGGAAAAAAGGAUUUAUCUUGUAAUAUUGAAAUUACACAGGUCCUGGAUAUUGAAGAGAAUAUCUGGUCUCCAAGGUUUGGGCUAAAGGGCAAGCUUGAUGUUACUAUUGGUGUGAAAAUGCAUCAUAGGUCUGGAACUCAGUAUAAGAUAAUGCCUUUGGAACUUAAAACUGGCAAGGAAUCCAACUCUAUAGAGCAUAGAAGUCAGGUUAUAUUAUAUACACUUCUGAGCCAGGAACGAAGGAUGGAUCCUGAGGCUGGAUUUCUUCUGUACCUUAAAACUGGUAAUAUGCACACUGUGCCUGGCAAUCGUUUGGACAGGAGAGAACUAAUAAAGUUAAGAAACCAACUGGCCUCCUAUUUAGUCCAUAAUGUGUGUAAAUCUGCAAUGGGAAAUAAGCGGACACAGCUUGCAUCCUUGCCUCCUGUAAUUAAUGACAGUCAAGCCUGUAAAUACUGUUCACAAAUGCACAACUGUGUUCUUUAUAGCAGAGCUGUAGAGCAACAGAUGGAUGAUGUCAUAAUUCCUUCUGCUAUGAUACCCGUUAUAGACAGAGAGACCCAGCAUCUGAAACUCUCUCAUUUGCAGUAUUUCAAUCUGUGGUAUCUAAUGUUAACCUUGGAGUUGCAAGCUGGAGAGGGUAAAAAAGGAUAUACAAAUAUAUGGAUGAUGCCUGCUUCAGAAAGAGAGAAGUCUGGAGAUUGCAUUGGAAACAUGAUCAGAAUGGAACAGGUACAGGAAGUGUCUGAUGGGCAAUAUCUUCAUUAUUUCCAGUGUAAAGGUGGUGCCUUGCCAGGAACAAACCUGUUGGUAGGUGACAGAGUUGUUGUGAGUGGAGAGGAGAAGACUUUACUUGGCUUGGCUGCUGGUUAUGUUAAAGAAGUCAACAUGACAAAAAUCUCUUGUUUAUUGGACAGGAACCUUUCAAAACUCCCUAAAAACACAAUAUUUAGGUUAGAUCACGAAGAAGGUGGUUUUGGUAUAGAUGUCCCUCUAGGAAAUCUCUCUAAACUGAUGGAAAACUCUUCUGCCAGUGAAAAACUUCGCAGUUUAAUAAUAGACUUCCACAAACCCCAGUUUAUCCAGCACUUGAGCUCCAUUCUUCCUCCUGAGGCAAAGGAAACUGUUGCAAAUAUUUUAAAGGGUCUGAAUAAGCCUCAGAAACAGGCGAUGAAACAAGUCUUACUUUCAAAAGAUUACACUCUCAUUGUGGGCAUGCCUGGAACAGGAAAAACUACUACAAUAUGUGCUCUAGUACGGAUUCUUUAUGCCUGUGGCUUCAGUGUUCUGCUGACUAGUUUUACACAUACUGCUGUAGACAACAUCUUGCUGAAGUUGGCCAGGUUCAAAGUAGGAUUCUUGCGCUUGGGGCGAGUUCAGAAGGUUCAUCCAGAUAUACAGAAGUUUACAGAGGAAGAAAUUUGUAGAUCCAAAUCAAUUAAAUCUGUAACACAUUUGGAAGAGCUGUAUAACAGUCAGCCGGUAAUUGCAACAACAUGCAUGGGAGUAAACCAUCCAAUUUUUGCUCGCAAGCGGUUUGACUUUUGCAUAGUGGAUGAGGCAUCCCAAAUAAGCCAGCCAGUCUGCCUAGGCCCACUUUUCUGUUCUCAGAAGUUUGUGUUGGUGGGGGACCAUCAACAGCUACCUCCACUUGUACAGAAUGCAGAAGCAAGAGAUCUUGGCAUGAGUGAGAGCUUAUUCAAGAGACUGGAACAGAACAAGAAUGCUGUUGUCCAACUAACUGUGCAGUACAGAAUGAAUAGUAAAAUUAUGUCGCUGAGUAACAAGUUGGUGUAUGAAGGCAAACUGGAAUGUGGCUCAGAGAAAGUGUCAAAGGCCACUGUUAACUUGCCAGACUUAAAAAAUUUGAAUCUGAAGCUGGAAUUAUUCACAGGCUCUUCAGAAACAUGGUUGAAAGAAGUUCUUGAGCCAAACAAUUCUGUCUGUUUUCUUAACACAGAGAAGGUUCCAGCACCAGAACAUGUAGAAAAAGGUGGUGUUAGUAACGUGAUGGAAGCCAAACUAGUCCUCUUCCUCACCUCCUUAUUUAUUAAGGCUGGCUGUAAACCUUCAGAUAUCGGUAUCAUAUCACCAUACAGACAUCAGUUAAAGAUAAUCACUGACUUGAUGACAGGCUCGUAUGUCAACAAAGUGGAAGUAAAUACUGUGGACAAAUACCAAGGGAGAGACAAAAGUAUCAUCAUAGUAUCUUUUGUCAGAAAUAAUACUGAUGAUAAUGUUGGUACACUUCUGAAGGACUGGAGGCGUCUUAAUGUUGCUAUUACAAGAGCCAAGCACAAAUUAAUCAUGCUGGGUUGUGUUCCAUCGCUGCGCCGCUAUCCUCCUCUAGAGAAGCUGCUCUGCCAUUUAAACUCUGAAACAAUGAUUUUCAAUCUUCCAGCUGGGACACAUGAACAUGUUUUUCAGUGUAACCUUCUGUGAUGGUACAAAUGAAGAAUUUUGGAGAAAAACCUUUUGUACACAUACUGCUGAAUAUAAAUUACUGUUGGAGUAGCGUGCAAAUGCUGAGUGCACCAUGUAGGUUGUAUGAAGUUGAUCUUAGUCUGUUUUCUCAAACUCCAGAGGUUUACCUAUAUCAUUGCACUAUCUUGCACUCACUGAUUUGUUUCAGAAAAUAGGAUUUGUUAAUACCAAGGUCCCUGCAAGUUCUCAGAAGUACAGUAUAAUCUGCAUUAAGGUGCUACAUGGUCAUUCCUAAAUUUCACUUCUAUUUCAGUAUAUAGUUCUUAGUGUAUGUGAAAGGAAAGAUCUGCAUGGGUGACUAAAAAUCUACUGAUUGUACCCAGUGAAAGAAACUACAGAUGCUGCUUUGAGUGACAGAAAACUUUAGGACCAUUUUAAUUCAACAGGCAAAAUAGAUACUUUUUAAAUGAAGUGACUGAGCUCUUUUUCUGCUGCUAUAGGCAUAAACAGAUACAGCAGUUUAUACAGGAACAUCUUACAGUGGUGUAGCUGUUGUUAUGUCUGUCUACAUACUAGGAAGUUCCCAUUUGUAUUUCCCAUGCCCAUUCUUGUUUUCUUUUUAAAUUCUACCCCUAACAUUUUAUCUUUUAUAUUUAUGUAUAUAGUUUACUUUUUACACACUUCUCACAUUGAGUCAACUUAGUGAUUCUUCUUUGUCCUUUAGAAAUAUUUUGGAUGUCUUGUUAGAAAUGGGAUGUUCUACAUCUAAACCCCUUUAUACAUUAGUGUUUUAUCAAGUGAAUUUUUAGAGUGAAAUUUUCAGUGACUUCCUCGCUCUGUUGAAAUGCAUAGUAAAAUUCUCACUGCUUGUAAUGGAGAAUGGCUUUAAUCUUUAGUUUCCUUAUUUUGUAGUUUGGAUUGAGGUCAGAACAGCAUCUUGACUUCUAACAAACAUACAUACCUGUAUUUUACUUCAGUGAAAGCCUUGGGUGUGAUGCAAUUAUACCCCUUUAACCAGGGUAGCUAAACUAAAACUACCUCAUAGUCUCCUACUCAGUCUUCUAAUUAAGGCUCUAACUUGAAAGUUUGUGUAAAAAAUAAAUAAAUAAUUGAAUUUUCAGAAAAUAACUAGUAUACCGUAUCUUGCUCUCAAGUCACCCUAUUUCUAUUAAUGGUUGUGUGCACGCUUUCAUAUGUUGGAUAUGUUAAUUUUCAGUUUUAAAAACUUCACUAAUAUUUGUAAUGUUUGUACUGAAAUAAAAAUUAACUCCUAUUUUGUUGUA